AUGCCUCAAGCACAGCCUGAGCUCAAGAAGUACCUUGACAAGAGGUUAUACGUGCAGCUCAACGGGAGCAGACGAGUGAUGGGCGUUCUUCGCGGCUAUGAUGUCUUUCUCAACAUCGUCCUAGAUGAUGCUGUGGAGGAGAAGCCUGGUGGCGAGAAGGUGAAAAUUGGUAUGGUGGUCAUAAGAGGAAAUUCGGUCGUCAUGCUUGAGGCUCUGGAGCGUAUCGGUGGCAACGAUCGAGGAGAGCGCAUGCAACAGCAUUAG